AUGUCGCAACAAGCCUCGCUCCAGUCCUUCUUUACCCAGUCUUCUCAGCAAGGGACAGCCCCCCCGCAGAACAGGAAUACUCCGGUUCCCGACCCAACCCCAUCCGGAGCUCAGGAACAAGAAUUCUCCUCGACCUUUGCAACAGAAUCCGACUACAACGACCCAUACCAACCGAGAAUUGACUACCUCUACCCGAGCGUUGUCCCCCAGGACACUCACACCCAGACGGACCUGAACUAUAUUACCUGGGCCAUCAGACAUGCCACCAGCCGAAUCUGCCCACCCUCCGACAGGAUUGAAAUCCUCGAAGAGCAAACGACUACACUCCGGAGAACAGUGGAUACACUGAAGCACCAAAUCGAGGCGCAGACAAAUAUGAUCAGUAACAUGCAUUCAGCGAUCCACCUUCUCCUCAACAAACAACCGCAGCAACCGCAGCAACCACAACAAAACCAACAACAGCAACAACAGCAACAACAGCGAAAACCACAACAACCGCAGGGACAGAGAAUGCCCCCUCCAGCGGUCCCCCAAACAGUUCCCCAAGCAGCGCCUCAGGCAGCUCCUCAGGCCCCCCCACCCGCACCCCCCCAACAAGCCCCACCCCGUGGAUGGAAAGCAGGCACCUGGGCCGCCGUGGCCUCGGCACCCGGUCCUGCUCAAGGAAAUUUCCAGGUUGUUGAGAGAAGAAAGAAGUCCGCAAAGCCAAAAGCGGACCCUCUCUUCAAGCCAGAAUAUACCAAAAUCAACAGAGAAAUCAUUGUUGAAACCACUGCCCCAUCCGACGUCAAUCCCUCCGAGAUCAGGACCCUAGUCAAUGCAAGAAUUCAGGACGAAUCCUGCCACUUCAUUUCAGCAAGGAGAACACCCAAGGACAACUUUAUCCUGGAAACAAAGUUUGUCACCCCAGCAACAAAGGCAAUGGAAUAUGUCAAAGAAAUGGAGGAGGUUCUCCUCACCCUACAAGUACCAGUCGCCAUCAUCCGGACAAACUCCAAAUGGUCAAAGUUCCUUAUUCACGGAAUCCCCACAACGGUCGGAGAAGGCGUCGAGGCAGGACAACUGGUAGCAUCCGAAAUUAGAAGCAAUUAUGGAGAUAACUUCCAACUUGCCCAAGUUCCCCGCUGGAUCUCCAGAGCAGAGACUCGAAUGGAGAAAACCCACUCAUCAAUGGUCAUCGCGCUCCCAGGACAAAUUACAAUGGAAACAUCGGGACUUAAAUUCCUAUCUCUCUUCAACCGAAGCUGCCAUCUCGAGGCCUUCCUCCCAACCUUCCCGGAUACCCAGUGUGCGAAGUGCCUCGAAUACGGCCACCGCCAGGAGAAAUGUAAGAACAAUGGGAAAUGCGGCCACUGCGCCGGAGAUCACCUCACCAGUUUCCACCCAUGCAAUCAAUGCCAGGGAGGAUAUAGAUGCACCCACACCCCAAUCAGAUGUCUGAACUGUAAAGGAAUCCAUAAGGCCUCCGACCCAGCAUGCCCCGAAAGAGUUAAACGCCGAUUCCUCAACAAAGGAAAGGAAAACGCCCCACCCGCUCAAGACCCAUCGGCCGCACCCGUCCAGGAGCCUCGAACCACCGCGCUCGCACACCAACUCAACUGUGCACGGAGCGAACUUAUCACCAAUGCGGCGAUAGAAGAAGCGGAAACAGACUCUAGCAUUUAUUUCCUAUUAUUACAAGAACCAUGGACCUCAGCAGAGGGAUACCCACCAGAAUCAAAUCUCUUUUAUAUUUUUACGGCCAGCAACACCAAUACAAAAUGUGCAACAUACGUCCGCCGAAGUGGCCCCUUUGCCCAAAUAGCAAAAACAAUCCAAACCCUCGACAAUUGCCUAGUAAUGGGAGACUUCAACUGCCAUCACCAAUUGUGGUACGGAGUAACAUCACAUGAAUACAGAAACAACAUCCGAGCAGACCGCGCCAACGGUGCACGGCUAAAACAAUGGAUAACUCGACAGAAACUGACCCUCCUGAACGAACCAGGCAUCUUUACGCACUUCCCCAGAGAGAGAGGAAAAAGGCCUACAAUUAUCGACCUUACAUUUGUAAAAGGCCCAACUCUCGACCACAACCUACGAUGGAGCACUGCACCCUAUGGAGCGGGCUCAGACUACGGGAGAACCUCCGUUCACUUACACUUGGAAAAACCACCAUUCAAGCUCUUGGAGAACCAUAUGUCAAACAUUUCUCUCCCUGCAGAGGCAUGGGAAACCAAGGAACAUACGGAACAAACCCUCGACUUCUUCCUAGAACUGGUCAGGGCAACAAUCAGUGUAGUAACACCACUCUCGAAGGAAGGAGUAAGAGCCAACUCCUGGUGGUCAGAGGAAAUGAAACAAAUGAAGGCAAGGGUAAACGCGGCAGAAAGGAAGGCGAGAAAUACAAAAAAACCCAAUCACGCGGAGGAACACCGGAAGGCAUGCAGAGAAUGGACAGUCAUGAUCCGGAAAGCAAAAGCGGACCAGCGGGAAAAGACGAUGAACGAGGCGAAAGGUAGUGAAGUCUGGAGAAUCCUAAACGCAGGAAGGAGAAGAGGCACAAUCAUACCAACAAUACAAGGUGAAGAAACGUUUGCGGGGAAGUGUCAAGCUCUAAGAGCCCAACUUUUCCCCUCAAAACGGACGUCCCCCGACCACCCCCCCCUAAACAUUAGACCCCCUUCUUUUGACCUUAGCAACACCUUCGACAUAGUCACCCCCGAAGAACUUAAUAAGGCAAUCGACUCCUGUCCAGCGCACUCGGCGACCGGCCCGGAUGGCAUUCCUUACACCUUUAUUAAAGCAAUAGUCAAAGCAAAUACAACCCUAAUUCAAGACAUGUUCUCCACCAUGCUCCGGCACGGUGUACACCCAGCGGCAUGGAAAAUAGCUAAGUGUAUCCCGAUCCCGAAACCCGGUAAAGCGAACUAUCAUGAAGCAAAAGCCUACCGGCCCAUUUCCCUUCUACAAUGUUUCAGCAAAAUCCUGGAGAAGAUCGUGGCCCAAAGACUCUGUACCGCUGGAGAAAUUCUAGGCACACUCUCAGCGAAUCAAUUUGGAGGAAGACCAACCAUCUCGGCAAUCGACGCCCUGCUGAGAACCUUAACACCAAUACAACAAAACCUACUACUGAAAAACAGCACCGGAGUCGCUCGGCGAGACAGACCAGCGAUCCUAACCAAUGAUAUCCAAGGAGCAUUUAACUGCGUCGACCACCUACUCCUCGCGGAAAUCAUGCAACAACAAAAAUUCCCUACCUACUUAACAGAAUGGUGCAAGGAAUUCAAUACCGGCAGAAAACUACAGUUCCAAUUCAACCAUGAGCUAGAAGAGCCACAGCCCUAUGAUUCUGGAGUGCCGCAAGGUAGCCCCAUGUCCCCGGUGCUAUUUAUGAUCUAUGCUGGAGUAAUCCUGGACCCAACAAGCAGCCCGAAAGAGAUGGACACCACUUACACCGAUGACGAUGCGCUGGUGCAAAUAUCCAAAACACCAGGCUUCACAAUCAAGGGAAUGGAGGAACGAAUGAGAGAGAGACUAAUAAAAGCUGAGCCACUUCAAAUUAAAUACGACCCGGAUAAAUCCGACCUGAUCUUCUUCCGGCCCACCACAUCAUCCAUACAACAACCACGACUUCCGAUUCGAUACACAGCUCGCCUGCCAGGCAUAACGGUUAAAACAAUCCAUCACAUCAUAACACAAGGCUUCCUCCCAAGCCUACUCUACGGAUCCGAGGCUUGGUGGACUGGCGCAGACCACAUUAUAAGAUCCCUCGAACCACUAUAUAAUGAAGCGGCCAGGAUAAUCACCGGCCUACCACGAUGGACCAAAAGAGCUAAACUCCUCCGAGAAGCAGGCCUACCCCCCUUAGAACAUCUUCUGACAUAUCGCUCAAGAAAGUACGUAACCAGAAUACUCUGCACAGAGGCAACCCACCCCAACAAUGAAUCCCUGAUCGAGCUCCUCCCAUACAGAGAAGCAAACAUCAAAGGAACAGGCCUACACCGAAUCGCCUCCCUACUACUCCCAUACCAGACCCCCGGAAAUGCGAGAGAUAAGUGGAACCAAAAUAAACUACUACGCGACCACCUGUUGGAAGAAUGGAACACACAAUCAAUACCGAACUACCACCACCGGGGGGAAUUCCACCCCCUCCCAAGAUAG